AACAUUUCUGUCGACGGGCGGAGCUAAAUGGGUAUAAAAUAACACAGCGGACAAAAACAACCAUAACACCGCCGACGAAAACAGUGACUUCAACUGCAAGCUCUUUUUCAUUAAACUCUUAAAGGAGCGUUUUUCUUUUAUACCAACAUGAGCCACGUCGACGUGAAAAACAUCAAGCCCACCACCUUUGAAGAGGAAUACUACGACGAAUACGAGUUUUAUAACUUGUCAGAUAAAUAUGCAGAGGGAUCAUCCCGUAAAGGGAGGACAAAGAAGGAGGCCAGCGCAAACACCAACAGAAAUCCUGGAGGACACGAACGCAAGAUUGCAGAAAACCUCCAAAACAGUGUAAAGAACGCCAAGGAGUGAACACUGAGGGCGACUCGGACAGCUUACCCUGGAAACCGACCUUGGCCUCCUUGGCGACAGAACGAGAUGUGAAGAUGACAGGAGCGUGGUCAGCUCCGCCUGGUGAGGUUGAACCUGGACCGGAGACCCUGUCACCUGUGACAGGCGGCACCGUGGCUCCUCCACUGUGUGGCGCUGUUCGCUCUGAGUGUGGCUGUGCAGCCGUAAUCGUGGUGCCAAUUUGGGAACUUUGAGUUUUUCAAUGGCGUUUGAAAUAAUUUUUUAAAACAUUAAACAUUUUUUAAGAGAAUUGAA